UCGGUGGCCAUGGGCAAGCAGAACAGCAAGCUGCGGCCCGAGAUGCUGCAGGACCUGCGGGAGAAUACAGAGUUCUCAGAGCUGGAGCUGCAGGAGUGGUACAAGGGCUUCCUCAAGGACUGCCCCACGGGCAUCCUCAACGUGGAUGAGUUCAAGAAGAUCUAUGCCAACUUCUUCCCCUACGGUGACGCCUCCAAGUUCGCGGAGCACGUCUUCCGCACCUUUGACACCAACAGCGAUGGCACCAUCGACUUCCGGGAGUUCAUCAUCGCGCUGAGUGUGACCUCACGUGGCCGCCUGGAGCAGAAGCUCAUGUGGGCCUUCAGCAUGUACGACCUGGACGGCAACGGCUAUAUCAGCCGUGAGGAGAUGCUGGAGAUCGUGCAGGCCAUUUACAAGAUGGUUUCGUCCGUGAUGAAGAUGCCGGAGGACGAGUCGACCCCGGAAAAGAGGACUGAGAAGAUCUUCCGCCAAAUGGACACAAACAACGACGGCAAGCUGUCCUUGGAGGAGUUCAUCCGCGGGGCCAAAAGCGACCCGUCCAUCGUGCGUCUGCUGCAGUGCGACCCCAGCAGCGCCUCCCAGUUCUGAGCGAGGAGCCAGGUUUCCCCUCCCUGCCUUCACUGGCCCUCUCCCGGCUCUCAGCUUCCUCGCCCUUGUGUCUGUCCAGGCUGGGGGUCAGAGUGCCACCCCCAGGGUCUGCACUCUGAGGGGCCUAUGGAGAAAGGAACCCUGCAGCCUCCCCAAGCCCCAAGCCAGCAAGUGGUUAGCACCCCCCAUCCGGGAGGCAAUAUCUCCCUUCGGCAAUGAUAGAGACACAGGCUCUGGCUUGGUCUAUCCCCUCAGAGUCAGCCCUGCCU